AUGUUUUUAAAAAAUUUUUUUUUAUUGUAUCUUUUGUAUUAUAAUUAUGCUUUUUUAAUAAAAACAAAUAAGAAUAUAUAUACAUUUCAAAGUAUGAGUUCCUUAAAUAUACAAAAUCUAAAUGAUGUAAAAGAAAAGUUGAAGUAUGAAAAAAAGGCUUAUUGCUUAUUGUUAAAUAAAUAUAAAGUAAAUAAAAUACUAAAAAAUAAAUAUGCAAAAUUUUGGUUAUUAGAUAUAUAUAAAUUUCCAUCUGUUUUAAAUUUUAAAGAAUAUAAAGAUUCUUUUCUUGAAGAAAAUGAAAAUAUUUUAAGUUAUAUUUAUAAUUAUUUAGGAGAUUUAAAAAGAAAUAAUCAAAAUUUGCAAAUCAAUGAUAUUAAUAAGAAAAGUACUAACUCUUAUAAUUCCGAUGAAAAUAAGUCAAAUAAUAAUGAAGAUGAUUAUAGAUUAAUACCUUUAAAUGAUUAUUUUAAUAAAAUUGUUGAGGAAUUAAUAAAAUAUGAUAAAUGCAUUACCCUUGAAAGUAUAAAUAAAAUAUUUACAGAAAAUUUGUCUAUUGAAAAUGAAUAUAAUGCUAAUAAUUUAGAAAGUGAUAUUUAUAAUUUAAGUGAUGAAGAAAUAAUCAAUAAAAAAAAAAAUUUAGAAAAUAUAUAUAAUACAAAUAAAUUAGAAUAUAUAAAAGAAUUAUUUACAUUGAUAAAAAAUGAAAAUAUAAAAUUAAAACUAGUAACAUUAUAUUUUGGUUAUGAUAAUAUGAAUACAUCAGAAGUUUUAAAAAAAAUAUUUCCUUCUAUAAAUGAAAUAAUUCAUAAAUUUGAAAUAAUAGGACAUAUAGCACAUUUAAAUUUUUGUGACAAAUUAAAAGAUUGUAAAAAGUUAAUUGCUGAAAUAAUUUUAGAUAAAAAUAAAAGCAUUAAAACUGUAAUAAAUAAAAAAGAUAUUUUAAAUAAUGUACAUAGGACAUUUAAUAUUGAACUUUUAGCUGGUGAAGAAAAUUAUAUUACAGAAUUAAAAGAAAAUAAUAUUAAAGUAAAAUUAAAUUAUGAAUUAGUAUAUUGGAACUCUAAAUUAAAAAAAGAAAGGGAUCGAAUAUUUAAUUUAGUUGAUAAUAAUUCUAUUGUUAUUGAUGUUUUUGGAGGAGUUGGUAUAUUUAGUUUAUUAUUAAGUAAAAAAAAUUGUCUAUGCUUUUCAAAUGAUAUUAAUGAACACGCUUAUGGUUAUAUGAAUAUAAAUAUAAAGUUAAAUAAAAAAAAGAAUAUACUAACUUAUAAUUUAGAAGGAAGAAAAUUCCUUGAAAAUUUAUUUAAUUUAAACAUUUUCUCAAAAAACACUACUCUAUUAACAAUGUUUAUUGAUAAACAAAAUAUGAAUAACAUAUCAAUCGAUUUUAUAAAUAACAAAAAUCAAAAUACUGUAGAUGAAAAAAAAAAAAAAAAAAGUCAUUUAGAUAAAAACAAUAAGAAAAACAUUGAAAUAAAUUAUUUAUCUAAUAGUAAUAAAAAUACAAAUAUUUUAAAUGAUAAAAAAACAAAAGAAAACCUUAACAAUAAUGAUAGGAAUAAUAAUAUUGGUGAAUAUAAUUUAAAUAAUAAGUAUACAAAUGAAAAUAAUAUAAUGAAUAAUUAUAUAUGUAAUGAUAAUUUUAAAUCAAUUAUAACAUCAGAUAUAAAUAAUACAUACAAUAAUUGCAAAAAAAUGAACUUUGAGAGUAAGGAAGAUUUAUGCAAUAUAUUUGAAAAUAAAUAUAAAAAUCAUAAAAUUUCUGAUGAAAAUACAGAUGAUAUUAAAAAUCAAGAAUUAUUUAAAAUAGAUAUAAAUUUAAAUAUUUAUAAUGAUAUCCAUAUAUUAAUGAAUUUGCCAAAAACAGCAUUAGAAUUUCUUGAUGUUUUCAAGAAUUUAAAAAAAAAGGAAAAUGAAGAAAUAAGAAAUAUUUUUAUUCAUUGUUAUUACUUUUCGAAACCUGAAUUCUUUUAUGAAUAUGCAGAAAAAAAUAUUUUAUUGCAUCUACAAUAUAAACCAAAAGAAAUGAAAAUCACCGAAAUUAGAAAAGUGUCUCCUAGUAAAUCAAUGUAUGUUGUAGAAUUUAAUUUAAAAGAUUUAUUUACAAUAUAA